GCAGAACACAGAUGCAGCCUUGCUUCCGACCAUCAGCUAUCCUGCCUUUGCAGUUGACGAUGAUGCCCUCUACAGUCAGACACUGGACAAGAUAGUGCGCAAACUACGAGGCAAAUACGGCUUCAAGCGAUUUCUCCGAGAUGGCUACCGCACAGCUAACGAAGACAAGAAUCGAAGAUACUACAAACCUGCUGAAAUGAAGCUUUUUGAUGGAAUCGAGUGCGAGUUUCCAAUAUUUUUCAUCUACAUGAUGAUUGACGGAGUGUUUAGAGGAAACAAAGCUCAGGUCAAAGAAUACCAGGAACUGCUUGAACCCAUUAUCUUCCAGUCUUACGAGGGCCACGCUGUGAUCCCCAAGUAUUACUACGUACCGGCUGACUUUGUGGAGGCGGAGCAGAACAAGCAUGGAAGCCAGAAGCGUUUCCCUAGCAACUCAGGCCGUGACGGGAAUCUCUUCCUGUGUGGCCAGGCUCUGUUCAACAUCGCCAAGCUGCUGGUGGAUGAGCUGAUCAGCCCUAAAGACAUUGAUCCUGUCCAUCGCUAUGUGCCCCGCCAGGAUCAACGCAACGUCAGCAUGAGAUACUCCAAUCAGGUGAGCUGUACUGUAACUCCACUCAAUGCAGCACCUUUCAUACGAGCAUGCAGCCCGAAGACCUUCACAAAGGAACAACAGACAGGGAAUAACAACAGAAAUCCACAUCGAUUGUUCAGCUAGUAUAAAACUAAAAUAAGAGAAAAGAAGGUCAUCAAUUAGUAAUGAAAGAGAUAAAAGGAAUAAUACAAAUGUAAGUCAGAAAAACGCUGAAAUAGUAAUAUUAAUAUUAGCAGAAGGUUGAAAUCCCGUUGACAAAGAGUGUCCUGGCCUGAGAUAGCAUCAUAAACGUUUCCUAAAGAACAUACAACAGACCAGAACACAGAGAAAUAACAUCAGUACAAUAAAUAUGCAGCAUUAGGUAGUAAGACAUGUGCAUGUACUUGUCAAGUGAUCCUGCUUUUAAACCCUUCAGAACUAAUACAAUCCUCAAGUUUAAAGUAAAAAGGGAGUUACAACAAGUCCUGUGACUUCCUGACAUGUCUCUGCUCUCAUUUGACUUCAGCAUACUUAUAAUUUACAACGUGUCAUCUGGAAUACUCAUAGACACUGGAAAGAUUUAUUUUAAGUAUAAUGUAGCAUUCAAGUACCCUCUGUUAAGCUUUAUACUUAGCCUCGUAAGAAAACUCAUGAUAAAAAAAAGGAAAUCUGACUGCCUUUAAAAAAAAAAAGAAAUGAAGUAUCACUUAGUAGAGUCAGAGAGUGUAGGCAGUAACUGCCCACUCACCAUGAACAAGUAGUAUUUGUUCUCUGUUAUCAACUUAGUCUGUGUAUGUAAGAAGAAGAACAAGUUAUGGGUAAAUCCAGACAUGUGAUAAACAUUUCUGGGAGGAAUGGAGUUGUUUCUCUUUUCUCUUUUUUGCGUCACCUGAAAAUCUUAAUGCUUGUUUUGUUUUUUUGAGGCUGUUCUUUUACCUGCUACACCCACGGUUUCUUUACCGUGGCUUCUGGGCCUUGAAUGGGGAAUUUUAAUUUAUUGCAGUAUGCAACAGACUGAAUUUGAUGUUGAGAUGUCUCUUUAUUAACGGCAAAAGCAAAAAGGACCAUCAAUGACUUUACUGAGAAUAAGCAGCACACUGAAGAAAGCCUUUAUUUUACAUUUCCACGGAAAUAUUCACAAUAAUUGAUAUAUUUGACUGUUCAAAGGAAGCAGGACUUUUCUUUUUGUCAGAAAACACAACCUACGCAUGUAAUGGUCAAGAUCAGCAAAGAUGUAAGAUGAUAAGAUGUACUAGUUUGUACCCAAGGGGCAACCUUUGGUGUUGAAAAAGGAAGCAGAUGCGUGCAAAAUCCUGCAGUUUGCCCGCUUGAGGCUGAUGCAGAAGCACCAGAAGUUACAUA